GCCUCCAAGAAUAAAAGUCCGGGCAAGAGUCCUCUUCAGCGGCGGAUGGGUGCAAACCGGUCCCAAUCAGCGCUGACCGAGGCUAAUAAGACCCAGCCGCUGCAGAAUAAGGGCCCCAUAUGUCUCAGUAACAUUAAUCCCGUGGCAGAGAUGGAUAACAGCGUUACCUCAACGGCCAGUUCGGCUACGUACCUGUCUGCACAGUCGCACUUGCUGGCGCAGUCUAAUGAAUUGGCUAGCGACAUAGUGCAGUCGAGUGCAGGUACAGUCCCCGCUCCCUUUGCCCCACCCAAGCCAUACGGAAGUGAUCCUGAUCUGGCCAUGGGUGGCAGCAGCAGCUUAGGACUGGACGAUGAUGAUCUCAUGCUGGACUGUGUGUUGUACCUAUGCUACCGGUCGGUGCAUCGGGUCGCCUCAGGCUACUUCAGUGCGCUGG